GUAUUAAAGAGGGACAGCUGUUGAAGCAAACCAGUUCUUUCCAAAGGUGGAAAAAGCGAUACUUCAAGCUUCGGGGCCGCACGCUUUAUUAUGCAAAGGACUCAAAGUCUCUGAUAUUUGAUGAAGUGGACCUCUCAGAUGCCAGUGUAGCUGAAGCAAGCACAAAAAACGCUAACAACAGUUUCACGAUAAUCACUCCAUUCAGACGACUAAUGCUGUGCGCUGAGAACAGAAAAGAGAUGGAGGAUUGGAUCAGCUCACUGAAGUCUGUACAGACCAGAGAACCUUAUGAGGUGGCCCAGUUUAAUGUGGAACAUUUCUCAGGGAUGCAUAACUGGUACGCCUGCUCCCACGCCCGACCCACUUUCUGUAACGUGUGCCGAGAGAGUCUUUCUGGAGUCACCUCCCAUGGCCUGUCCUGCGAAGUGUGUAAAUUCAAGGCCCACAAAAGGUGUGCAGUGAGGGCCACAAAUAACUGCAAGUGGACGACCCUGGCCUCGGUUGGGAAGGACAUCCUGGAGGACGAAGACGGGGUGGCGAUGCCUCACCAGUGGCUAGAGGGUAACUUGCCUGUGAGUGCCAAGUGUGUUGUCUGUGACAAAACGUGUGGCAGUGUUCUUCGUCUACAGGAUUGGAAAUGCCUUUGGUGUAAAAUGAUGGUACACACUGCCUGCAAAGACUUAUACCAUCCUGUAUGUCCACUUGGCCAAUGUAAAGUGUCUAUCAUACCUCCAAUUGCACUAAACAGCACUGAUUCUGAUGGUUUCUGUAGAGCAACAUUUUCAUUCUGUGUUAGCCCUCUACUGGUUUUUGUCAACUCAAAGAGUGGAGAUAAUCAGGGAGUAAAGUUCCUUCGACGGUUUAAGCAGAUACUAAAUCCGGCUCAGGUGUUUGAUUUGAUGAAUGGAGGUCCUUAUUUAGGUUUAAGGUUAUUCCAGAAGUUCGACAAUUUCCGGAUUCUUGUUUGUGGAGGAGAUGGAAGUGUAGGUUGGGUUUUGUCAGAAAUCGAUAAGCUCAACUUGAAUAAACAGUGUCAACUGGGAGUGUUACCUUUGGGUACUGGAAAUGACCUUGCCCGGGUUCUUGGCUGGGGAGGUUCAUACGAUGAUGACACUCAACUUCCCCAGAUACUAGAGAAGCUGGAACGAGCCAGUACCAAAAUGUUGGACAGGUGGAGUAUAAUGACCUAUGAACUCAAAUUGCCACCAAAGGCUUCUCUACUUCCAGAACCUCCAGGAGCACCGGAAGAACUUUAUAUGACAAUUUAUGAAGACUCGGUUGCAGAUCAUCUUACAAAAAUCCUUAAUUCUGAUGAACAUGCAGUGGUCCUGUCAUCUGCCAAGAUACUAUGUGAAACUGUGAAGGACUUCGUUGCCAAAGUAGAGAAGGCCUAUGAGAAAACGUUGGAAAAUGCUGUUGUAGCCGAUGCUGUGGCCAGUAAAUGUUCAGUCCUCAAUGAGAAGCUUGAACAGCUGCUCCAGGCUUUGCGCACAGAUUCCCAGGCUGCUCAGGUUCUCCCAGACAUCAGCCCUCUCAUUGUAGAAGAAGAUGCUGUAGAAUCUUCCAGUGAGGAGUCCUUGUGGGAAAGCAAGGAACAGCUCUUGGAUGACACCACAAGACCUUCCUCCCAGAAAGCAGUCAAACCAAAGGAAAUAAUGUUGCGGGCAAACAGUUUAAAGAAAGCAGUGAGGCAAGUCAUUGAAGAAGCCGGAAAAGUUAUGGAUGAUCAGACAGUUCACUCCUGUGAGCCAGUUAAUCAGUCAUUCGAUGAUGAUAGUACAGAAACAGACGAGUCUAAAGAGGACUCUAAAGAUGAUGAUGCGAAAGAGUCAUUAACUGUUAAAAUUGCACCUCGGUCUCCAGAUGGUCGGGCAAGUCGUUCCCAGACUGACUCUGGCCCCUGUCCAGCUGUGGCAGGCAGCAAAGAAAACCUCCCUGUGCUCAAUACCAGGAUAAUCUGCCCAGGUUUAAGAGCAGGACUAGCUGCCUCAAUUGCUGGGAGUUCUAUUAUCAACAAAAUGUUACUAGCAAAUAUUGAUCCUUUUGGUGCAACGCCAUUUAUUGACCCAGAUCCAGAUUCAGUAGAUGGAUAUUCAGAAAAAUGUGUCAUGAACAAUUACUUUGGGAUUGGAUUAGAUGCAAAAAUUUCAUUAGAAUUUAAUAAUAAGAGAGAGGAGCACCCUGGAAAAUGCAGGAGCCGAACUAAAAACUUGAUGUGGUAUGGAGUCCUUGGAACCCGAGAGCUACUACAGAGAUCAUACAAGAAUUUAGAACAGAGGGUUCAACUUGAGUGUGAUGGACAGUAUAUUCCUCUCCCCAGUCUACAAGGAAUAGCAGUAUUGAACAUUCCCAGCUAUGCCGGAGGCACUAACUUUUGGGGUGGAACUAAAGAGGACGAUAUAUUUGCUGCACCGUCAUUUGAUGACAAGAUCCUGGAAGUUGUUGCAAUAUUUGAUAGUGUGCAAAUGGCAGUUUCACGGGUCAUUAAACUACAGCAUCAUCGAAUAGCCCAGUGCCGUACAGUAAAAAUCACUAUAUUUGGUGAUGAGGGAGUCCCAGUGCAGGUGGAUGGCGAAGCAUGGGUUCAGCCUCCAGGGAUUAUCAAAAUUGUGCACAAAAACAGAGCUCAGAUGCUAACAAGGGACAGGGCUUUCGAAAGCACUCUAAAAUCUUGGGAAGAUAAACAGAAGUGUGAUUCUGGUAAACCAGUUCUUCGAACCCAUUUGUACAUCCAACAUGCUGUUGACUUGGCAACGGAGGAGGUGUCUCAGAUGCAGCUGUGCUCUCAGGCUGCGGAGGAGCUCAUUACAAGGAUCUGUGAUGCAGCGACGAUCCACUGUCUUUUGGAGCAAGAACUGGCCCACGCUGUGAACGCCUGCUCCCACGCGCUAAAUAAAGCCAACCCUCGGUUCCCAGAGAGUCUUACGAGAGACACUGCCACUGAAAUAGCCAUCAAUGUGAAGGCACUGUAUAAUGAAACAGAAUCGUUACUGGUUGGCAGAGUUCCUUUGCAGCUGGAGUCGCCGCACGAGGAGCGGGUUUCCAGCGCCUUGCACUCUGUGGAGGUGGAGCUGCAGAAGCUGAGGGAGAUCCCUUGGCUGUACUACAUCCUUCACCCAAACGAGGACGAGGAGCCUCCUAUGGAUUGCACCAAGAGGAACAGCAGAAGCACAGUAUUUCGUAUAGUGCCGAAAUUCAAAAAGGAAAAGGGUCAGAAGCAGAAGACAAGUUCGCAGCCUGUUCAGAAAUGGGGCACAGAGGAAGUUGCUGCUUGGCUGGAUCUGAUCAAUUUGGGAGAGUACAAAGAAAUCUUCAUCCGUCAUGACAUCAGAGGGGCUGAACUUUUGCAUCUGGAAAGGCAAGAUCUUAAGGAUCUGGGGAUAUCGAAAGUGGGUCAUGUGAAGCGAAUUCUCCAGGGAAUUAAAGAGCUUGGAAGGAGUACUCCUCAAUCUGAGGUGUAAUUCUAUUGGUGCUAUUCCUUGGAAGGGAGGGAAGUAAUUGCUACUAAAUACAAAGUUCUUGGAAGCAAUGGACUGUUCUUGUAGUUUCUGCCCAGAUAAGUAAGCACCAUUGAAGCACCUCUUUGGCUUGAUAUUUUGCCAUUGGCAAAAAUUUUUAUUUGAGGUAUUAGAAAAUAUUUUUGUGCCAAAAUAUACAUUCAUUCCACAAAGCCAUUUUCUUAUUGUGCAAAACUGACAUGUUCAAAUUUGCUCACACUAGUAAAAAAGUAGGAAGAAUCUGAGACAAUUACAUUGUCGAAAAAUGAAAUUGCAGAUGUUUGCUUUCCUUCGACCUGGUCAGGUGGAAUGUUCUAACUGCAACCGCAUAGCAGUAUGUGGCUAAAACUUCUUAGGUCUGAUUAUCGGAGGCAUUGGCUUCUUCCUUAAAAUCAUUGGUUAGGGGACUCAGAUAUAUUAAGGUAUGUUUUGAAUGUUAGAUUGGUAUCACCUCAGACUCCUAGUGCUCUGUGGUUAAAGAAUGUGGUUAAAAUCCCUCAAAUACUAUGAAUGAAUGCAAAUCUUAAUGCACGAUGUUGCUGCCUGAAUUGUCUCUUUCUUGCAUGUCACAUCUAAUAUUGUAACACUCAGUGUUGUCAGUUUAAUGGAAUUAAUUUAUUACCAACUACCUUUUUGUUAGCUAAGGCACUUUUCUGUUUUUUGAUGUGGAUUUUGCAUAAAUAUUCUGUAUCUAAGAAUUUGUGAAUAUGUGUCUGUGCCAUAGUCAACAAAUGAUAUACAUCUUACGCAAGCCAAUUUUAUGUCAACCUAUCAUAAACAGUAGGUAUAUGCACAGUAAGAAAAUUCUCUGGAUAUUUUCAUAAAAUUACAUGUUCUAUUGCCUAACAACACUAUGCUUUCCAAACCCAAAUUUCCACAUUUAUUCUUAUUUUUCCAUUUCAAUUUAAUAAUUAUUUAAUGCUGUGUGUUGCAUUUAUAAUAUAGUAGACUGUUGACAUCCAGGAAUUUCUUCAGUGUCUCAACUGGGACUUGUAUACUGGUCGGUCACCCAGACUCAUGCACUAGCUAAAGUGACUCCUGACGUGAACUUCCUCCCAGCAAGAGAAAUUUAAACUUUUUAAAAGGCCUUUACAUUAUUAUUAUUAUUAUUAUUAUCUCAUGUGAUUCUUAUAUCUUAUCAGGUAGAUAUUAUUUUCCUUUUUCUAAACCACUAUAGUGUAGCUCAUUAGGAGUCAACAUUACAAUUAUCAAAUCUUUGAAAACCAAAGGCAUUCAUAUCAAAAAGUCACAAAAAUACCUUUAAAUAAGCUUUUUUUAGAUAUAUGCCAAAAGUUAAUUAUAAUAUUUAAAAAUCUUGUAUAUAUAAGAAGUAAGCAGGGUACUGUACUGACCCAGUGAAUACAAUUUUCAUAAAGUAGCCUUCUAGGUAGGUGCUCAAUAGAAAUACAUACACACACGUAUACAUAUACACAUAUAUAUGUAUAUACACACUUAUAAUUGCAAAAUAUACUCUCAUUGAUAUUUUCUAGACAACUAUUUGCUGAAUACUUAAAGAGAAAUAUUGAUGGGAAAGCAUUAAAAUAUUGUCAGACAUAUUUAAUUAUAUCAAAGGAGUUUAAAUAUUUGGCACUUUAUUCUUAUUUAUAACUUUAGUAUUUAACUACUAGUAAAAAUUACAAAAUUUGGAUAUAUUAAAAAAAAAGGAACCCUGAUGGGUUCCUGACCAAGUUGUCUGACUAUAUGUUUUACCUAAGUUGUGAAUAAAUGGAAAUUUUUCAAAGAGAAUUAUAUGAAGUCACUUAAUAGGGUAAAAAGCCUAUUUGCUUAAAAUUUUAAUGUUAUCCACACCUAAGGAAUCACAGGUCUUCUCCCCCAGUCCCCUUUGUAGUUCCCCAGCCUGCACGGUGUCCCGCUCUUCCAGGCACUUCCCUGUGAAAUCAAACAGGAGAUGCCAGAUUCUCAGAACUCUGCUGAGAUCACAGAUUCUUGUCCAGCUCCACCAAAAAAGGAAACAUAGGCUCAGGCAGUGAGGAACUGUUGAAAACAUUGAGUUAAUGUAAAAACCUUUAUUGAUUUUCACUCCCGGAAAUACCCCUUUGCCAACAGAGAACACUCUCAAGCUGUUACAUUUUCAGAAUGUAAGAGGGAGAUGUAAAUGAGUGAAUUGUUUUGUUUAAUGUUGAUCAGUCUUAGAUAUCAUCUCUUAUACUUACUAUAAAACCUCACUUAAUGGAAUCUUUAGUUUGGUAGAAUUUUUCUGCAAGUGGCUCUUGAAUGAGGGAAAUCCUUCGAAAUGACAGUUUGGUAUGUUUUUUGUUAAAUGAGAGCAGAUUUUCCUGUACACUUUGUCAUGUGGGGCUGUAUAGGACCUGAAUGACUUCACUCACACCUGUUUGCCAAGGUGGUGCCCUCAGAGCCUCCUUAGGCCCCUGUCAGUGUCACAGAGGAGCCAGCUUCUUGUAGCAGAUGGGGUUACAAAGAGAAAAGUAGGAAGAAUUUCUCCACGGUGCCUGAUCACAGCCCUGGGGAGUGUGGGGCGGGGCAGGUGCCUUGGUCCUCAGUAAGCUGAGGUGAGGAGCCCCAGCCGCCUUUCCUGCCCGCUGGGCUCUUCCACGUGCAGAUAAUUCGGGAGGGAUGGAGGGAAUCACAGGCAACAUCCACUUCCUUUCAGUCUCAUUUUCCUGAGGAAUACCUUGCUUUUCUUCUGUGUGUACUUAAUUUUUCUCUUCAGCAUCUUUCCACCUCCCUUUCUGAGUUUCUUUCCCAUUUCCUGGCUUCACAUUUUCCCACGUGCCCAAUACAGUGACGGUUGCUUGAAUUCUCACUACUGUCCCACUGCAAAAUGACUCCUUUCAUCUCUCCCCACCUUAGCGCUCUUUGUGGGUCAUCUAGCAAAGUUUUAGGAAGAAAACAAUUUAAAGAAACUAAAUUUCACAGGUUAUAUUUUAUAAAAGGAAACUUGCUAAUCUAAGUGAUUUAAUAGAUUAGAUAAUUUGGGGAUGGUAAUAUACAUUACUGUGACUGAGAAGAGGUGACCGGUCAAUGUCUAGAUCUGUGCUCUUUGAUAUCAUAGCCACUAGUCCCAUGUGGCUACUUAAGUAUAAAUUAAUUUAUGUAGAAAUUGAGUUUCUCAUUUGUACUAGCCACAUUUCAAGUGCUCAGUAACCAUACUGGGCAGUACAGAUGUUCAACAUUUACAUUAUUGCAAAAACUCUACUAUUGGAUAGCAUUGGUCUAAAGCAUUGCUACCCAAAAUGUAGUCCACGGACCAGCAGCAUCCUUAUCACCUGGGAACUUAUAAAAAUGCGGACCCACUGAUUCAAAACCUUUUAACAACAUUCAUCAGGUGAUUAGCAUUGGCCUCGAUACAUUUUAUCCUUCCUAACUAUUAGGGAUCUGAGGUCUUCAAAAGGUCCUCAGAGCAGAUCACUCCCCAAUCCACUGUUACAAUUGCUUCUCCUGCUAAUCCUAGAAAUCAGUUGGAACUCAUUUAUUACCCCAGUUGAUUUUCUUCUCAAUGUAUAUUCCCAACUCUCGUUCUUGAUGAGCCCUUCCUACCUAGUGAUUAUAUUUUGGAGGUAAAGAUGAACACAGGAGAUUGGCUAACCAACACAGCAGGUCUCUCUCCAGCCCCUCACCCCACAUCCUAGUCCCUGUUUGUUGCUCAUGUGGCAUUCUCAUUUGUUCACUACUUAAGUCACAGGAAAUAUUUCAGAAGAAUAUGUACUGAGAUAAGUAAAGACUAUGUCAGUCUCUUACAACUUGUUCAGUUUCACUUUCUCUUAUCAGUAGAUUAUCCUGUUGACAUAGUUCAUGCUCCAGGACACAGCAACACACAAUUAAAUGAAUCGUUAGGCAUGAAACCCCAAAAAGAUUGUAAAUAAAGUGAAUGCCCUUAAAGAAAGCACGCACGUUUGCUAGACUAAAUCUGUUUUUCUUAUUAUGCUAACUUACCUUGAUUUUCAGGUAGCUGCUAAUUCUUUAAAAGAGUGCCUGAAAAAUACUGGAUCAUAUUCUUGACAGUCAAAAUACAAAUUAUUUGAUUCUAUAACAUCUUUCCCAAUGACUUGUUAAUAAUUUUUACAUAUUGAUAUAAUUUACCAAAACAUUCCUGCCUAGAGAUUCUUUAUCUGAUUUUCAUGAAUAAAGGGGGCCCUGCUUUAAUCUUCAUGGAAGCCAUUUUUAACAAGAAUUGAGGAAGGAAUAUUCAUGCAAAGCCAUGACUUAGAAAAUUAUAGUGGAAACUUCUACACAUCCUUCUAAAGUAAAUCCUCUGUUAUCUCCGACUGAGCUGACAACGUAUUGGACUUUUGUGUUAUGCAGAUGUGAAUUCUUUAAGGGUAUAGCUUUUCAUUAAGCUAUAAAAGUGUUACUAUCUCAACCUCAAUAUCUAGGAUUUCUCCUGUCCUCUCCCCUCUCCCCAAAAAGAAACUCACCCUGCAUUUUUUCAGAUGAAAUUUGGAUAAAACACUGGGUUUAGGGAUUGAUGAUACAAGUGGCAGCUUUAAAACACCAAGUUUUUCAAAUCAGCUGAAAAGAGAGAAGUGAAGUUUCCUCAAAUACUAUUAGACAGUGGAAUAGCCUCGCAGCAGGCCAUUGGGUGCCAGCCUCCCCUCCCAGCUCACCACCCCAUGCCAAGUGCUGUGGGGCCUGGGACUUGUCCCUGCUGGGGCGUCUCCCCAGUCACCUCUGUAUAGCAGGCUCUGUGUCACAUGGGUAGCACGUUGCCUUUGCUACCAGUAGGAUGCCUUCCAAAAGGAACAACCAAAACUUUUAAAAGGCCACGAUUAUUGGUUUUAUAAUCACCAAGGCACUAAUUUUUAAUCUUUAUUGUUUUUUCUUUACUAUUUUCUUCAAGUUUUGUUUAGAGAUAUUUCUGUUAGUGUAAACUAUAAAGGUUUAUUAUUACAAAGAACAGUGAGAUAAAAGACAGCUGGACUGUACCUAUUUGUAUACUUCUUUCUGUUCUUUUCAGGAAAAGAAGCUUAGCAGAGUAACUGAAACUGCAUUAAACUCAGUAACGAUGUUUUUAAAAAUCAUAUUAACAAUAUAGGUCAACAGAUUCAUUUCCUUUGUUUACCUAAGAUACUCUAUUUACAUAUAUUUAUAUCCUCUCUCCUAAUUUUUAUGCACUUCCAAGUUUUAGUUGGAAAAAUAGAAACCAAGCCACUACUUAAAAGUUCUAAAAACUUUACAUAACAUAUUUUAUUUUAGCUGCAAGUUAUUGCAUAGGAAUUUAUCAAUAGUCUGGGUAUUUCAUAGGAACUGCAUUUCAAGAGUAAAAUAGCCAAACUUAAAGGAAUAUAGGGUUACUUUAAAAUGUAUUAAAAUAGGUUUUAUACUCAGUUAAUGAUGCCAUUGAAGUAGGAUAACACAGAUAUACAAGCUAAAAAGGAAAAAGAAUAUAUUUUGUGGUCCUUACUGUUUGAUUGCACUAUUGCUUACCACAGCUUAGCCGUGUCUGUUUCUGUAUUCUAAGUAUUAAACUGAUAUGUAACUAAAGAUUUCUUACAGUUCUGGUAACUGGUAACUAGUGCUGUGAAAGGUUUUGGUAUUGUAACAUUCCCAGUUUUGUGAGUUAUAUAUUGUAUAUUGAAGAUGACUAAUAAAUUGAAGUAAUAUAUUUGACUAGA